AUGUCCCCAAGCACUGGGGUCAUUGUAACGACGCUCGUGAAAGCGAAGCAAAAGCCGCUCCCUGGAUCAAGCACCCAGACUCCCCUCCGUGAGCGUGUUCAGCAGACCAGCCGAAAAUACCAGUCGCUCAUUGUUCUCGUCUCAGAAUCCAAUCAGGCGGGAGAAUUCAGUAGCAACCACAGCUCGUCCGACAUGGCCGCCUAUGCCGACUUUGUCCGUUUCGCCGCCUCUCUGGACGCCGAAGUCGUGACUUGUCUUGUCCCCGGCGCCGACAGGACACUUUCGGAAUGGAUCUUGUCCCUGUUGUGUCGUCAGAGCUCACAAUCCGCCGCGUUGGGCCACCUCGUGACGUCUGCGGAAACGUCGUGGGAUUUAUUCCUGCGACGAGCUGGUCUGAACGUCUUUGCAGCCCAGGUGCUGUCCGGGACGCUCGUGGAUGAGUUCGGCCAUGCGGGCCUGGCGCAGUUUCUAGCCAUGCCGACGCGUACCAAGGUUUCCAAGUAUGCACAGCUCGUUGGGGGAGAGCGGGCUCUGGUCAACUGUUGCGAGGUGUUGGAUCGAGGUUGGGCUUGA